CCGGCGGCAGUCAAUGCAAAUUACAAAGUCAAAUAAACAAAUAGACAUUUUCUUGUGUCUACUUCGCUUUAGUCAACUUUUAUAAUGGAGAUCAUGUUUCUAUUAACUGUUAUUUUGACAACUCUAACGCAACAUUGUACUGUAGUACACGCAGGCGGUACAUUUUCAAGUUAUUUUAUCCUGGGGGUACCAAGAUACAGUUCAGCAACAGCGGAAUUUUAUCUGGUCACCAUGUCGGAUGUGCCAUUUUACGUCACUUGCAGGAUAAAGGAACCCAGGACACUUUAUACGGAAGAAAAGAUUUACCUAACAGAGUUCUAUUUAACAAGAUACAAAGUAUUUGUAAAAUCUCUUGGUCUGGAAAAUAAUCCGAAUUACAGAUCGAUUGUAUUUGAAAACCCCAAGUAUGAAAACGAUUUUGCUGUGACGAUGAUGAUCAUCGAUAAACGGACGGGCAACUGGAUCGAUUCCAUGCUGGCGUUACCUGCAACAUCUUUCUAUACAGAAUUUUAUGUUCCUUGGUUUGGAAUUCGCGCACUUCAAGCGAUUGUCAUGUCGUCCGCACAUGGAAAUCUUGUUGAGCUUUAUUACUUUAACAGAGAUACUAAUGUUUAUUACUCGGAGGAUUUUAUUUUCGUUAAUUAUGAAGAAUUUGCAGAUUUUAGUCGCAUAAUGUGUGAUACUGAUUACUAUUUAGGGGGAGUUCGCUAA